AUGUCUACGUCGUCUAGGUCGAGGUUUUUUUUUCACUUUAUAAAAGAGAAAAUCAAACCUGUCCAGCUCUCAAUCGACGCUAGGCAGAAGCAAACGUCUGGCAACGAUCAACGGUUUUGUCGACGUCGAAGAGCUCACCGCCUGGACGAUCGAUGUCGUCAACGAGCUUUUCGCACAAAGGCGCAAUGACCCCAACAUUGAGGUAUUAAGGCUCUGAAAAAUGACCAGUUUCUUCAAAAAUUAUUUAUCAAGUUUUUGAAAGCGUUUUUUUCGCGUAAAAUUAGAAACCGAGUCAUUUGUAAAAAAAGUAAAUUUUACAUGAAUGAGCGGAUUUACCAAUUAUUUAUUGGAUAAAACGGAACUUCAACUACUUUAUAACGUUUAUUUCAUUGAUAAAGGAUUAUAUAUGGACUAGGAAAACAAAAACUUCAGUUCAUGGAAAAGGAAAAAAAUUUAUGGUAAACUUUUUGGGAACGCAUGUUUUGCAGCAGAACGACGUAAUGUCACAAUCAUCGCGCUUAGUGACGCGCAAAAAAAUAAAAAAAAGUAUUUUUCAAAAUUUUAUAUAAUAUUUUUCGCGAUUCAAACUAUUAUUUUUUUCGUGCGAGUCAGUAUUUUUUUCCAACUUCACUCCGUUUUUUUCACGAUUUAUUUCACUCCGAGGGUGUCAAUCUUCUUCUUUUUCUGCAAGAUUAUGUGACCGAUUUUUACAUAAUAUCAACUUAUUUUUGUUUUUAUCGAACCUCUCAUCGUUUUUUUGCAUUUGGUGCGACUGUCAAUCGAGGAGUUUUUGGCGUUUUUGCCGUGUUGUAUACUUCCAUUUAAUGAUUUUUAAUAACGAAUUUUUGAUAUUCAUGAUAAGAACUAUCUUUUAGUAAAGUUGAAAGAAAAUUUUUCCAAUCAGAAACAGUAGCAACUGCUCAAAUACUCAACAAGCGUUGCUUAAAAAAGUGUUUCUUAAUUUCAUUAUAUUCUUUUCAGUUCGAAUUCAAGCUUACUGUUGACUUCAAAAAAACGAGGUAUCUUUUCAAUUUUCUCAGAGUUUGAAAAAUAAAUAACUUGUCAGAUUGAACGCUACUGAAAAGAAUCGAAUUAUGGAUCGGUUGGAAAAAGCUGUGUCGACAAUUUAGACGUUCUAAGAACUAUGAAAAAAACAUUUUUCUCUCCUCAAUAAAACUUUGGUGAAUCGUUUUCGAAAUGGUUGCGGUGAGAGGAAAAACAAAAGGAGGCCGAUUUGGAUGAACCGAAGCCGCACUGGAUAAGGUGCGCCGCGCGGUCAUCGGGAACCUCUCCAUCAAUUGCGCGCUAUUUCUUUUCGAUUUCUCUCAAGCCUCCGAAAUUGAAGCGCUGUUUUCUCGAGAACAAUGCCAGAUAAGGUGUGUCUUUAAAAAACUGGCAAGCGGACUGAAUAGCGGAGAUCGAAAUUAUAAAAGAGGUCACCCGGAUGGAAGCCUUCACUCUGUUGGUGAACGGCUACGUCUAUCUUCGGGUUCGUUUUUUUUUGUUUUUUGUAAGGUUUUUGUAUAUCAAACAUAUAACGUUUUAUAUGUGUAGAAAAAAAGAUAGUAACUGCACUUUUUUUCCUUAAGUUAUCAUUUUUGUAGUUAAAAGAUGUUUUUCCUUGUCGUGGUUCGAGAUUUUUUGGUGCAUACUUUGCAGAGCCAAAUAAUGUUCAAAAAUCGAAAAGGCCAAAAAAAGAAAGUUACAAAUAACAAAAUAAAAUUUUUAAAGUUUAGUAUCGUUUCAUAAAUUCAAAAUUUUCAUGGUGGCCAAGAAUUAAAAAAAGACCUUUUUUUAUUUAUAGAAAAAAAUAUCUUUUAUUUUUUUCCCUGUUUUUCGAGCUCUUGAAAUCCCAAAUUAAUUCUCUUUUUUUCAGAGCAAACAAGAUGA